AUGAAUUUCUAUCUAUUCGGUAUUAUUAUUAUUUCAUUAAGUUUUGUAAUUCAAGUAAAAACUGAACAAGAAUUACAAGAUAUUGAUCCAAAUGGUUAUAUUAUUUUUUGUUUAUGUAUGGGUCGAUUUGGUAAUCAAGCCGAACAUUUUCUUGGUGGAUUAGCAUUUGCUAAAUUAAUUAAUCGAACAUUAAUUGUUCCACCUUGGCGUACUUUUAAAAAUAUUCCAUAUUCUGAAUGGUUUCAAAUUGAAUCUCUUCGUUCUUAUCAUCGUGUAAUUGAUGCUCAAGAUUUUAUGGAAAAUCUUGCAUCUCAGAUUUGGCCGCCAGAAUCUCGUAUUGGCUUUUGUUGGUUACCAGUUGAUAGACCUAAAUCAGAAUGUCAAAUGAAAGAAGGAAAUCCAUUCGAAUCAUUUUGGAAUGAAUUAAAUGUGAGUUUUGUUGAUACAAUUACAUAUCAACUUAAUUAUGAUGAAUAUUCAAUACAUCAAUGGCAACAAUUAUUUCCAGCAGAUCAUUAUCCUGUUUUAGCAUUAAAAGGAGCUCCAGCUUCAUUUCCAAUGUUAGCUCAAUAUCGUCAAUUACAAAAAUAUAUGAAUUGGUCAGAACAAAUUAUGAAUGAAGUUAGACAACAUCAAAAACAAUUAUUCAAUAAUAAACCUUAUAUCGGAAUUCAUUUACGAAAUAAUAUUGAUUGGGAAAGAUCAUGUGCUGAUGUUGAAUCCUUUAAAACUCGUUCAUACAUGGCUUCACCUCAAUGUCUUGAUUUGUCAUCAUCUACACAUACAUAUGUUACUCAUAAAAUAUGUUAUCCAUCGGAUGAUGAAAUACUUCGUUUAUUAAAAAAUAUUAUUCUUCGUACACGUAUACAUAAUAUUUAUGUUGCAACAGAUAAACGACCAAUGAUUAAAGAAAUUGAAGAACAUUUAGCAGCACAACAUGUACAUGUAAAACAUCUUGAUCCAUGGUUACCUGUUAUUGAUGUUGCAAUGUUAACUCAUGCAAAUUAUUUUAUUGGAAAUUGUGUUUCAUCAUUUACAUCAUUUGUUAAGAGAGCACGAGAUGUAUAUGACUUACCAAGUGCUUUUUGGGGUUUUAGUAAUUAA